AUGGAGGACUACCAGGCUAGCGAGGAGACCGCGUUUGUUGUCGAUGAAGUGAGCAACAUUGUAAAAGAGGCUAUCGAAACUGCCAUUGGCGGUAACGCGUACCAACACAGCAAGGUCAAUCAGUGGACCACAAACGUCGUGGAGCAAACGCUUAGUCAACUCACCAAGCUGGGAAAGCCAUUUAAAUAUAUUGUAACCUGUGUCAUCAUGCAGAAGAACGGGGCCGGGUUGCACACAGCCAGCUCUUGCUUCUGGGACAGCUCCACAGACGGGAGCUGCACGGUGCGGUGGGAGAACAAGACCAUGUACUGCAUCGUCAGCACCUUCGGGCUGUCCAUCUAG